AUGACCGAGCUCAAUGGCUUACAGAAGUGUGAAGCUCGACGGAGAAACAAGCGCCCGAGAAUAGUAAGCGCUAGGGUUAGGUUUAGGAUCUCAUUCGUACAUUCGUCUCCUCUGCCCAUGCCUGAGGACAAAGCCCGCCCUACAAAGCUCAAGUUCAAGGGGGAGAAGACUAAGAAGAAGCGGAAGCGCGAGUACGAUGACGAUGGCGAGAGUAGUAGUCGCCGCCGCCGCAAGGACGAAGAUGACGAGGCAUCGGAGACAUGGGUCCUCCCAGAGGAAACCAAUGAGAUACGGGGCCCUACGUUCAUAACACACCCCUCAGAUCCUUCUCCUAUAUGUAUCACCUACGAUACGACACGCGGACGCAUCGUGUUGCAGCCGCUAGACAAGGAGAAGGCAGAUGACGAGCAGGAAUUACCCAAACUUCUGGACCGAAUCCCUACUGAAGUCUCGCAGGUAUGGGUUGUUACCCGGGUGGCGGGAUCACCCACCAUCAACUUGCGUACGGGCACCGGAGAGGGCAAGUUCUUGUCUUGCGACAAGCAUGGCAUUGUCUCUGCAGACAAGGAAGCUCGUGGCCCACAAGAAGAGUGGACGCCCGUCGUAUUCCCAGACGGCAUGAUUGCUUUCCAGAAUAUCUACGAAAAAUAUCUGGCUGUUGACGAAGUUGCCGGUGGACAACUGGCUCUGAGAGGAGACAGUGAAGAGGUCGGCUUCAGAGAGAGGUUUUGGGUCAAGAUUCAAAGCAAGUACAAGAAGGAAGCUCACGAUGAAGAGAAGAGAAAAGAAGGCAUGUCAUUAGAUGCCAAUCUAGAUGAAGUAUCAGUAAACAAGACAUACCAGGCAUGGGGCGCUGGUCGAUCCGUCUUGUCUGUCGAAGACAAGAAAGGGGUAUGUUUUGCGCAGCUCAAGAAAGCGAAGAAGGAAGGUCGGCUUGCUGAGGCUCUGCUGGACCGUCGGGCAAAGUUGAAGAGCGAUCGGUUCUGCUAA